AUGACUCGCGCCCGGCUGUUCGUUUCCGCGGCUCGCGGGUUCCUCGCGAGGCGCGGAGAGCACACUACCAGCAUCUCCUCUCUUGGCACUGGCGCCGAUUCCUUCCUGUGCCACGUCAGCAGAGCUUUAAGCUCCUGCUCAUGGAUCCGAUCCGUUGAAGUGGAUCCAAGCCGUCUAGAGAUCGGUCCUGAUCAUCUCAACCGUUCGCUGGUUCGGAAUGCGUCCGCCUGUUUCUCAAUCUCCUCCGCGCCGCACUAUGGCGGCUCGAACUGCCAAGACCCUAGACCGCCUAGAAGCUACAGGUUCAGCACCAGCGCCGCUGGCGCCGCAGCUGACGCUAUUGGCCUAGAUGAUUCUUCGGCGGCUCCGGUCGCCGAAUCGCACGACGCGUUUCGCAACGAGGCGAUUCGCAAUGUGGCUAUUAUCGCGCACGUCGAUCACGGCAAGACGACGCUCAUGGAUCGCCUCAUCCGCGCCUCGAGCUCCGCUGCUGCCCCCACCACCUCCGCCAGCGGCGGCGGCGGCGGCGGCUUGGGAUCGUCGGAGUUGCCGUGCGAUCGAGUGAUGGACUCGAUCGCUCUGGAGCGAGAACGAGGAAUCACGAUCGCGAGCAAGUACACUUCGGUCACGUUCAGAGGCACCACGCUCAACCUCGUGGACACGCCUGGUCACGCCGACUUUGGAGGGGAGGUGGAGCGGGUGAUGGGCAUGGUGGAUGGGGCGCUGCUAUUGGUCGAUGUGGCAGAGGGCCCCUUGGCGCAGACCAAGUUUGUGUUGGGGAAGGCCCUGCAGAGGGGCUUAAAGCCCAUCGUCGUGCUCAACAAGUGCGACCGACCCUCAGUGACCACGCAGAUGGUGCAUCAAGUGGAAUCAGCCAUCUUCGACCUCUUCGCUUCCUUUGAUGCCACAGAGGAGCAGCUGGACUUCCCGGUGCUCUACGCGUCGGCCAGGCAUGGCUGGGCCAGCUCCUCGUGGCCCCCGCCCCAGCUCACGGCAGCAGGGGCUGCAGCGGCAGCAGAAGCAGCAGCGGUGAAGGGAGAGAGUGGCGUGGUGCCGAUUCUAGAGGCCAUUCUUGAUAGGGUGCCGCCGCCUGUGGUGGACCCAACAGUGCCCUUCCAAAUGCUGGUGUCACUGAUCGACAGGGACCCGUUUCUUGGCCGCCUGCUGAUUGGUCGGAUAGCGUCGGGUUCGGUGCGCGUGGGAGACAGGGUGCGAGCACUGAUGCGGGACAAUGAAGGGGAGGCGGUUACUCUAGAGGAGAGCAAGGUGGUGAAGCUGGUGAAGCGGAGGGGAGUUAAGUCGGAGGAUAUGAGUGAGGCGGGAGCAGGGGACAUCGUGGCAGUGGCAGGGAUGACACACGCCCACGUCUCACACACUCUCGCUGACCUCUCGGUCUCAAAACCCCUCCCAGUUGCGGCUAUUGACCCUCCCACCAUCGCCAUGACCUUCAGCGUCAACGACUCUCCUAUGGCCGGGAGACACGGCACCCAGAUGACGGGGCCGAAGAUCGGUGCACGGCUCAAGGCAGAGGUGGCCACCAACGUGUCUCUGGGGCUGGAGGCGGGUCCCUCUGCGGAUGCCUUCAAGGUGCUGGCCAGGGGCGAGAUGCAGCUGGGUGUGCUUAUAGAGAGUAUGCGCAGGGAGGGAUUUGAGCUCUCCAUAUCGCCACCAUCCGUGCUGUACCGAGAAGAGAAGGGGAAGAAGCUGGAGCCGAUUGAAGAGCUCAUGGUGGAGGUGGACGAGGAGUUUUCAGGGGCAGUCAUCGAUGCGAUCUCUCUCAGAAAAGGAGAGCUCCUGGACAUGAUCACAGAAUCCUCCGCCUCCUCCUCCGAUUCCAGCUCAUCUGUUGCUGACUCAGCAGCAUCUGCCACGUCAUCACCCUCACCGUCCACGUCAUCGCCCUCAUCCGCCAGCUCAGCAUCCUCUUCUCUCUCACGUACACGUCUUCUCUUCACCUGCCCUUCCAGGGGCCUACUGGGAGUGAGAGGUGUUCUCAACACGGCCACCAGAGGCACGGCAGUGCUGCACCGGUCAUUCCUGCGUUACGAGCCUUGGAGGGGUCAGCUGGAGCGAGGGCGCAAGGGAGUGAUUGUAUCGAUGGCCACAGGUACCAUCACAGCCCAUGCUCUCUCCUCUCUCGAAGCUCGAGGCACUCUAUUUGUCAGCCCUGGAGACGAGACAUACGACGGUCAUAUCAUUGGAGAGAACGCCAGGGACGAUGAUAUGGAGGUGAACCCUGUACGCACUAAGGAGCUCACCAACAUAAGAGCAGCGUCCAAAGAUGAAAACAUUCGCCUCACGCCUCCAAGACAGUAUCCCUCUGUACCCCUCAACACACCACAGAUGAGUCUGGAAGAAGCCAUGGGUCUGGAGGAAGCCAUGGGGUAUGUGGAGGCGGGUGAAGUGGUGGAGGUGACACCUGCUGCCAUUCACCCUUAUGCACUCAUGUACACACCUCUAUACCCCUCUGUACCUCUCUACACACCACAGAUGAGUCUGGAGGAGGCCAUGGGGUAUGUGCAGACAGGAGAGCUGGUGGAGGUGACUCCUGCUGCCAUACACCCCUAUGCAUUCACAUAUCCCUCUUCUGUCCAUGUCCCUGUACCCCUCCACACGCCUGGAAACCCCUUCACAAACCGCAGAUGA